UUUGUGAAAAAAAGAAGAACAAAAGACAAUACCAAGUAAGACCACUUCUCCACAUUAUUCUGAAGUAUAAAGCAAACAUUCCUAAAUACCCUUCCUUGUAUUAGUACUCUCACUUUACUUUCCCAUUUCCUCACUCUUCUCAUCAUAUUCCUCCCUACUCUCUACUCUAACCCUUCAAACUUUAAUGCAAUCAAUUCCUCAUUCUUACUCCUUGUCAAUCACCCUAAAUUUUUGUCAUUUCUCUUAAAAUUCCAUAAUUUAAUCCCUAAUUUCUAACAAAGUAAAAAUAAAUUGAUCAUACAUCAAAAAAAUUAUCAAAAAAUGUCAUUACAAAAAUUCAAACUAUUAGCAACACAGUGUUCGAUAAUCGGAAGCCCAACACGGAGCCCAACAACAAGCCCAGUAAUCCACAUCCGCCGUCGUAAAACCCUCCGAAUGCUUCUCAGUGGUAAAGGAAACGGCAGCGUUUUCAACCGCCGAUUUAUUCAUCAAAAUCGCCGAGUUGACUCGCCGGAUCGUCUAAAAAUCGGGAAUCAGAAAUCAGUGAGUGAAAAGGAAAAUAUAGGAGUACGGCUUAAAUUGAAGGAUCUCUUUGUGUCUUCUCCUCCACCAAAGAAGAUUCUAGAAGGAGAAAGUGAAGAUCAAAGAUUGAUACCGUCGGCGGCUGUGAGUUCCGGCAGCGGCGAUGGCGGAUUAAUGGCAGCGCGUCGAGUGAGGCCUUUUUCGGCGACGUUGAGACAAAGAUUGUUGAUGAGGAGAGUGUGGCGGCCGGUGCUUGUAGCCAUACCUGAACAAUCGCCAUAGUGACGCUUUGAAUUACGUCGACGGAAAAAUUGUUUGUUUUGUUGGAUUCUGUAUGAAUUACUAGACUUUGACGAUGACGAUAAAGUAAUUUUGAGGGGAAUUGGAUUGAAAAAUAUGGUAUGUAAAUAAAUAAAAACGAAUUUUGUAUUGAUUUUUCUGAUAGACUGAAUUUCAUUGGCGAUGAUAGAGAUUUUCAACGUUAAAUUUAGCAAUAUUUGCCAUGAUUGAAGAUCGAAGAAUCUCAUCAAGUGAAUUGAUUUGUGUACUUUGUACUAUAAUAAAUUAAUAAUGCUGAUGAAUUUUUCGUUUGAUAGCAAACUGAGACCGUUAGGGUCUAUUUGGUGGCAAAUUGGCCAUGUUUAAGUCAAAUCAAAGAAUACUAUUGAGCUGAUCUUUUCAA